AGUCAGGGGCGGCCGGGCGGCUGCUGCCGGGGUCGGCGGCGAUGGCGCUGGAGACCCUGUCCCCGGACUGGGAGUUCGACCGCCUCGACGACGGCUCACAGAAAAUUCAUGCUGAAGUGCAGUUGAAGAAUUAUGGAAAAUUUCUUGAGGAAUAUACAUCUCAGCUGAAGAGAAUUGAAGAUGCUUUGGAUGACUCUGUUGGAGAUGUUUGGGACUUCAGUCUUGAUCCCAUUGCUUUGAAGCUUUUGCCCUAUGAACAGUCCUCCCUACUGGAGCUCAUAAAGACAGAAAACAAGGUUCUAAACAAAGUUAUAACUGUGUAUGCUGCUCUUUGCUGUGAAAUCAAGAAGUUAAAAUAUGAGGCAGAAACUAAAUUUUAUAAUGGCCUCUUGUUUUAUGGAGAAGGAGCCACAGACUCCAGCAUGGUGGAGGGAGAUUGCCAAAUACAGAUGGGAAGAUUUGUUUCUUUCUUGCAGGAGCUGUCUUGCUUUGUUACCCGAUGUUACGAAGUGGUGGUGAAUGUAGUGCAUCAGCUGGCUGUUCUGUAUACCAGCAACAAGAAUGCACCUAAAAUUAUAGAGACAUCUGGAGUUCAUUUUCAGGCAAUGUAUGAGCAUCUAGGAGAGUUGCUCACAAUCUUGAUCACUCUGGAUGAAAUAAUUGACAAUCAUGCCACACUGAAAGAUCACUGGACCAUGUACAAGAGGCUGCUAAAAUCUGUCCAUCACAACCCUUCUAAGUUUGGGAUUCAAGAAGAUAAACUAAAGCCAUUUGAAAAACUGCUGUUAAAACUGGAAUGCCAGUUACUUGAUGGAAUGAUAUUUCAGGCCUGCAUAGAGCAGCAAUUUGAUUCUUUAAAUGGUGGAGUGUCAGUGUCAAAGAACAGCACGUUUGCUGAAGAAUUUGCUCAUACUCUUCGUACAGCUUUCUCAAAUGUCGAAGCCAAACUUGGUGAACCUUCAGAAAUUGACCAGAGAGAUAAAUAUGUGGGCAUCUGUGGCCUCUUUGUACUGCAUUUUCAGAUUUUUCGGACUGUAGACAAGAAAUUUUAUAAGUCAUUGUUGGAUGUCUGUAAAAAGGUUCCAGCCAUUACGUUAACAGCUAACAUUAUCUGGUUUGCUGACAACUUCCUGAUUCAGAAGAUUCCAGCUGCUGCCAAACUACUGGACAAGAAAAGUAUUCACACAGUUAAAACACAAAGGGAGAACUUCCUACAGCAGAGGGCACAGUCACUUACCAAAGAUAUGCAGUCAUAUUAUGUUUUUGUGAGCUCGUGGAUGACAAAAAUGGAAUCUGUCUUGUCCAAGGAGCAACGCACAGCAAAGUUUUCUGAAGAUCUUGCCAACCGCUGCAAUGUCUUCAUCCAGGGUUUUCUUUAUGCAUACAGUCUUAGCACCACCAUUAAAACUACAAUGAAUCUUUACAUGACAAUGCAAAAACCUAUGACCAAAACCUCAGUAAAAGCCUUGUGCAGACUUGUGGAACUUCUAAAGGCAAUAGAACAUAUGUUUUACCGAAGAAGCAUGGUUGUGGCAGACUCUGUGACACACAUCACUCAGCAUCUGCAGUAUCAGGCUCUUCACUCUAUCUCUGUUGCCAAGAAAAGGGUAAUUUCUGAUAAAAAGUACAGUGAGCAGCGCCUGGAUGUCCUCUCUGCUUUGGUGUUGGCUGAGAACACCCUCAAUGGGCCAAGUACAAGACAGAGGCGACUGAUUGUUUCCCUUGCACUGAGUGUGGGAACACAGAUGAAAACAUUUAAAGAUGAAGAACUUAUUCCCCUUCAGUUAGUUCUGAAAAAACUGGACUUGAUCAGUGAACUUACAGAGAGAAUUCGAGCACAGUGUGACUGUUGUUUCUUAUACUGGCAUCGAGCCGUCUUUCCAAUCUAUUUAGAUGAUGUCUAUGAAAAUGCAGUGGAUUCUGCUAGACUACAUUAUAUGUUUAGUGCACUACGGGACUGUGUACCUGCUAUGAUGCAUGCAAGACACUUGGAAUCUUAUGAGGUGCUUCUGGAAUGCUAUGACAAAGAAAUCAUGGAAGUGCUCAAUGAGCACUUGCUGGACAAAUUGUGUAAAGAGAUCGAAAAGGACCUGCGCUUAUCAGUUCACACACACCUGAAGCUGGAUGACAGAAACCCCUUCAGAGUUGGCAUGAAGGACCUGGCUCACUUCUUCUUUCUGAACCCAAUACGUUUUUUCAAUCGGUUCAUUGACAUAAAAGCUUAUGUAACUCAUUAUUUGGACAAGACCUUCUACAACUUAACAACCGUAGCUCUUCACGACUGGGCCACCUACAGUGAGAUGAGAAACCUGGCAACCCAGCGCUAUGGUUUAAGUAUGACUGAGGCUCACCUUCCCAGCCAGACUCUGGAGCAGGGUCUGGAUGUUUUGGAAAUCAUGAGAAAUAUCCAUGUUUUUGUAUCCCGCUACCUCUACAAUCUGAAUAAUCAGAUCUUCAUUGAAAGAACAAGUAAUAACAAACACUUGAACACCAUCAAUAUCCGACACAUCGCUAAUUCAAUUCGAACUCAUGGAACAGGAAUCAUGAACACAACAGUAAAUUUCACUUACCAGUUCUUGAGGAAGAAGUUUUACAUUUUUAGCCAGUUCAUGUAUGAUGAACAUAUCAAAUCCAGACUUAUCAAAGACAUCAGAUUCUUCAGGGAAGUCAAGGAUCAAAAUGAUCACAAGUAUCCCUUUGAAAGAGCAGAUAAGUUCAACCGUGGCAUCAGAAAACUUGGAAUAACCCCGGAUGGCCAGAGCUAUCUUGACCAGUUCAGACAACUCAUAAGUCAAAUUGGCAACGCUAUGGGUUAUGUACGAAUGAUAAGAUCUGGUGGACUUCACUGCUGCAGUAGUGCCAUUAGGUUCGUUCCUGAUUUGGAAGAUAUUGUUAACUUUGAAGAGCUGGUGAAAGAAGAAGGACUCUCAGAAGAAACACAAAAAGCAGCAAGGCAGCUGGACUCUGUGCUCAGUGACCUGACCCGGAACUUUGCAGAAGGAACAGAAUACUUCAAGAUGCUGGUGGAUGUGUUUGCUCCCGAAUUCCGCAGCCCAAAGAACAUGCAUUUGCGCAAUUUCUACAUCAUUGUUCCCCCCCUGACCCUCAAUUUUGUAGAGCAUUCAAUCAGUUGCAAGGAGAAAUUGAAUAAGAAGAACAAAAGUGGAGCAGCUUUCACAGAUGAUGGGUUUGCCAUGGGUGUGGCUUACAUUCUGAAGCUUUUGGAUCAGUACCAGGAGUUUGAUUCUCUGCACUGGUUCCAGUCUGUUAGAGAGAAGUAUGUGAAGGAAAUAAGAGCAGUAGCUAAGCAACAGAACGUGCAGUCCACUAAUCAAGAUGAAAAACUGCUGCAGACUAUGAACCUUACCCACAAGCGACUGGAAGUUUGUUUACAGGAAUUUGAACUCCUUUAUUUCUCACUAAGUAGUGCAAGAAUUUUUUUCAGAGCAGAUAAAACUGCAGCAGAAGAAAGCCAAGAAAAGAAAGAAAAAGAAGAAGAAUCUGGUAAAACAAGCAAUGGAGAUCUUUCCAACUCUACGCCUGCAGAGCCUGUUGUGAAAUGACAUGGCUGGUCUGAUUUGCAUCCCCAGAAGUAAGGAAAUCCAGAGCCAAGACAGAACCACAAUCAGCUCUUCCUUUUAUGACCAGACACUGUGAUGGGUGUCUGUAACUAUUAAGUGAUCUUACAGUUCAUGAAUAUGUUGUGCCUAAUUGCAAGUUUCAGCCUCAAUUCUGUAUUUCCUAGCCUUUGUAGGUCUGUUGUACCAUGUGUUGUUCAUACAGUCUUACAUGCCUGAUUAUUAACAAUAAUUGCACUGCAGGCUCAGAAGCUGCUAAACACUGUGAGAACUCUAUAUAACAUCUGUCUAUGCCUGCAAGUAGAGGUUCUAGGUUGUGCAAGAGUUACUCGGAUUCCUAACUUAAGUAGCUAGACUUAGCUUAAAAGAAAACACCACUUUUAUUAAAAUAUACAGGUGUGUUUUAAUCUCCCGGAACAUAACACCCUUCUAGUUCUUACCAGAAUAAACUACUCCAGUCAGUCCAGCUGAGAGAACUACCCUUGGGGGGGUUUUUUGGCACUCUUAAACUGUAUUUUUAGACCAAACUUGCUUUAAUACUUGUUUUAAUGGUUCAAAUUGUUCCACCCACUCUUGGGUCACUGGUUAAAACAAUUCCUGACAUACUUCUGAUUCGCCCUUUCCUACCAGUCACUUCAACAUUCAGACAGCAAGGAUGAAUGUUUUGUCGCAACUGGAAAGACCAGACUGAUACGAACGUUCCAUUUGUUGGUUCUGAGAACGUGACACACAAGCUUCAUGGACUGUUAAAAUCAGCUGGGCUCAUUAAAGUUUUUAUUUUUAAUUCAUUAUAACUGCCCUAAAGAAUGCUGCAUUUGAUUUGUAUUUUUGCUUUUUUACUUUGAUACAGGGGUUUUUUUUUUAAUUUGUGUACACUUUUUUUGACCAAACUGUGCCCGCACUGAAUGCUCAGUAGCACUGCCGAGAUCAGCAUUCUUGCUGCUGCUUCCCAUUCCACUGCAGUUGCUGUGCACAUCCUUCCACAUUUCCUUCUCUGCUGAAGUCACGUAAGUUCGUGGAGUGGAAUGGCCAAGUGCUGCAUUUCCUUCUUCCACAGCAAUGGUAGAAUCACCCAUAGAUGGUGUUCCUUUCCCCAGGAUGGCCUUGCUAGGGAGCUGUGUACAGGCAAGACACAGCCCACACUCUAGUCUGCACCUGUAUUUUCCCUUCUCCAUUUUUUUUCUUUUGGAAAGAUAUUAUCUUGCUAAGGUAAGACUUUGCAGUUGAACAUAACGUGAACUGAGCACUGUCUUCAUGUACGGUGGUUAAUGAAUUCAUGUGGUUCUGGUGAUGGAAAUUCUAGAGGAAAGACAUAGCCUAUUUUUAUAGAUGCCUGUUUAAUCUGGGAGAACUGAAUGUAUACUCCAUGUGGCAAAAAUAUAUACAUACACAAAUGUGUACAGUGAUAAUAGAGCUAUUCUUGCUAAUACAGGACCGUAGUUUGUAUUUCCUUCUUUCUUUUUGUCAUGUAGCAGCACAGACAUGCAAAGAUUUUUCUCAUCUGAAAUCCAAGAUGGGUCCUGGGUUUGGAUGUCACAUGUGACACUGAGUUGCAUUAAAUCCUUUUUUCUCCCCACAAGGAUAUGGAAGGGGGGCAAAAUUCAUGCUGUGGUGCUACUACUCUUUCUGUUGCUUUUGGCCUCCUGUUGCAAUUACAGGAACCAAAUGGACCCUAACUGGUUGUCUGGAGAUGAGACAAUGGAGCUAAAACAAGAAGUCCCCUAAACUAAACCAAACGUGCUCACUCAGAAAUUCCCAGGGUGAUAGAAGUGAUGAUGAUGAAUUUGCUGCAGGGAUAUAAAACAUAUCUAGGGGCUUUUUCCUUCAGGACAGGAUUGGGACAGGCUGAAGGCCAGGCUCUCACCCCCAGCAGGCAGCUGCCACCACUGCCCUCAGGUGUUCAGCCUUGUGCCAAGGCUGCUGGAAGUGGCAGCAGCUGCUCUCCCAGGGGUUGUGGACACCCAGCUCUGUGUCAGCCCUGCACCAAGGGUUUGCAUGGCCCCAGCAGCACCUAACUGCUGCAAACUCCUGGUGCUGAAGGGCACAUUCUACAGGUCCUAAUGCAGCCUGGAACCAGAAGGAAAUUUGAGUUGCAUCAGACGUCCAUCAACAGCUGUUUUCAGCUUCUCAGGUACAAAGGACCAAAUGUAAUACUUAAUGUUUCCUAACUCAUUGUACAAAAGGGUAUUUUAUUACUCCAGUCUCUUUGGUUUGUGAGUAGAGAACAUUAUGUACAUAAAACUGUGUUAAUAAAUGCAAUUUUGAGAACCUCA